AUGCUGGGGUAGGCUUGCCCGUUGCUAUCCAGUUAGCUGCGUUAGCUGCUGUGUCUAGUAAUCCUGGCAGAGCUGCUGCUGCUUCUCGUCGCCUUAUUUCAACAAAAUCCCCCGCGGGACAUGUACCAUCAGCCAUGGAGCGUACACAGACCAGACGGGCGUUCUCUAUAUCCCCUCGUAUUGGUCGCUUUUGGCUAAAUGUCAAUGCCAUAAUUCGUAGCUAAAACUGUCUGGUUAGCACAGCUAGCCUGUGUGCAGUUAGCACAGGGCCAAGGCCAAGCGAGAAGGGGAGGCCGUCGGGUGUUUUCCCUGUGGGUGAACAGAGAAGGUGAAGAGAGGAGUGGCACAUCGGGGUUUGGAUCAGAGCUGUUUUAGAAUAGCCUCCACAUCUUAAUCACUGUCACCCUGAGCUGAGACAUGUCUUCACCAGGGUGCUGCCACCUACCUGGCUCUCUUUGUGAUUACUCUGGGAACGCUGAAUCAGAGGCCUCCAAGGAUUCGGAGGAGUCUGAUUCUACUGCCCAGGCCCAGUACAUUGCCAAGGUUACAGCCAAAGAUGGCCGCCCACUCUCCACUGUUGUCAAAGCAGUGAGCUUGCAGAGUGAUGUGGGUAUGUGUCGGAUCUGUCAUGAGGGAUCUGGAGGAGAGACACUGCUCUCGCCCUGUGACUGCACUGGGACGCUGGGUAAAGUGCACAAGAGCUGCUUGGAGAAGUGGCUGUCCUCCUCCAACACCAGCUACUGCGAACUCUGUCACACAGAGUUCACUAUUGAACGGCGACCACAACCACUCACACAGUGGCUGAAGGACCCCGGACCCCGCAGUGAGAAGCGCACGCUGCUGUGUGACAUGGCCUGCUUCCUUCUCAUCACACCUCUAGCAGCCAUUUCCGGCUGGCUGUGUCUGAGAGGAGCCCAGGAUCACCUGCAACUGAAGAGCAGACUCGAGGCUGUUGGCCUCAUCGCCCUCACCAUCGCCCUCUUCACCAUCUACAUCCUGUGGACUCUGGUGUCAUUUCGGUAUCACUGUCAGUUGUACUCGGAGUGGAGGAGGACCAAUCAGAAAGUGCGUCUGCUCAUGCCUGACAUGAAGGGGGCACACACCACCCAGCGUUCAGUGCCAACCAAGCUGACCAAGAAAAUGACUGAUGAGACCAUCGUAUGAGUGCAGAGCAGUGGCAAGAGGAAUAUUUAAAAAAUAAUGCCCUGCGAUGUGCUCUCUAAAUACAAAAUGAAUCAUAUGAAAAAACUUUUGCACUUCAAUGGACCAUUCUGGGAGGGGAGAGCUACUCUUACCCUCCAAUUUCUUUUGUUGAAGCACUUGAUGUAAACUACUACGGUAUUGACUGACCACAAAAGUGGUUUUUGGGAAGGAACUCAUUCCGGAGUCAUAGUUGAUGUUGAGUUGUCAUUGGACAGCCCGUGCUGGGAGGUGGACAAGUGAACACAUGGAUGAUGGACUAACCAGCACGGCUGCACCUCUGUGACACAAACAUAGGGAAUACUAAGACACAAGCUAAUGUAGCAGGAUAUAACUGAAUCAGCAUGCUACUACAGUAUAAUAUGAAACAUAUUCACACUACCUAUAAUUCCCGUAUGUCCCUUCACAAUGUAUUUAGCUGUUUUUUGAACAAUGGGUGGCCAAUAGCCCAGCAGAGGAUGAUGAUCUAAAAUAAUGAUCGACUAUCUGUGAAUAUUCUUUCUUGACAAGUAGAGGGCGACAGUCACUCAUACAAAUGCUCUUGUCUAUAUUCUGAACCUUUUUAAAGUUUCCAGGUCAAGCUUUUAUCAUUGCUGUCCAGACGACCACACCAUUUGAAUAAUUUGGGGUUUUAGACAGUGGCAGCGCACAACUAUCACGUCAAAAGCUUGGUAAAGAUCGCAACAUAUGGGACGAGACUAACUGUAUCUGCUUAACAGCAGCACAGUUGUUUAAGGAAACAGUGGAAAAGUGUUUACAUUCCAAUUGGAUUGUCAUAAAAGUGCAUUUGCAAACAGCCACUGCUCCACUUGUAAAUGCAUCAUUCAUAAAUUUAACCACCUAGCUGAGACCAGAAGAGUAACAUCCUUCAUCACACGAGAUGCAGUUUUAAAUAGAAGAGCAACAGUGUUCUAAAUAGUGACAACAAAGCCUAUAGUCCUAUAUAAAACACAAACAUGUAUCACAGCAAACUGCUUCUCAGCAGAGGUGCAAAAGAUAAAUGUGUUUCAGAGACGUCAAUCAAUGUGUGCAGCAAAUGCUAAACAAGUAUUUUGUGUUAUUGUAGUCUUCCUGCUGCAUACCCCUGGAACGUUGGGUUAUUGUGCAAUAAAACAAGAGGGACUCCUGGAUUCA